AUGAAUAUACAAAGCUUUUUUCUGUUUUCUUCAUUUCUCAAUAAAAGAUACAGAGAUGGAAGAAUCAAAAGUUGUCGAGUUCACGAUAUCUUAAGGGAAACUAUGCUUCUUAAAUCCAAAGAACAAAGUUUUGCAGUAGUAACUAAUAAAGAGAGUAACAGAAGAUUACCUGAAAGAGUUCGACGCCUAUCUCUUCAUGAAGGAACAAAACUAGAUCCAUUCGGGGACAAUGAACUAUCACAACUGCGCUCCUUGCUCGUUUUCACCAAAGAAAUUGAUGUUUGGAAUAAUUUCAAGUCUUCAUUCUCUGAAGAGGGGUCAAAACUUCUCAAGGUGUUGGAUUGUACAUAUGCACCUAUGACCACAUUUCCACAACAUAUCACAAAGCUAUACCAUUUGAGGUACCUAAGUUUAAGAGAUACCAAUGUAAGUUCAAUUCCACCCUCUAUUUCAAAUCUUCAACACCUUGAAACAUUAGAUCUUAAAAGUACUCUUGUAAGACAGCUACCUAGUGAGAUUUUAAGAUUACAUUGUCUGCGAAAUCUAACCAUUUAUGAUCAUAAAGGUUCAGGUUUUAAGGCUUUAAAAGGAAUGAACUCACUUUCAUCCUUGAGAAAACUAUGUUUUGUUGAGGCAAAACUUGGUGAUAUUGAGCUUUUGGUAUCCAUACAAAAGCUUACACAAUUAACGAAUUUAGGCAUCCUUAAACUUGGAGUUGAGCAUAAGGAUGCAUUAUUCUCUUCACUUCAUGAAUUAAAGUAUCUUCGUUCAUUACAUUUGUAUUCAAGAACAGAAGAUGAAGAAGAAGUCUUUAAUUUGCAGCUUAAAUCAUUGUCAUCUCUUCGAUUACUUCAAAGACUAUACAUUCGUGGACGCGUGGAGAAAUCAGUAGAAGGACUACAAGACCUUACAAACUUGUCUAAAAUACGUUUGGUUGGUUGUAAGUUGCAGGUAGAUCCACUAAAGUCAUUACAAGAUUUGCCCAAUUUAGUAUCACUUGAGCUUUUCAAAGGAGCUUAUGAUGGGGAGUCACUAUGUUUUAAAGCUUGGAGUUUCUUAAAACUCGAAAAGCUUUAUAUUGACGAAAUGGAUAAGUUAAGAAGGGUGAUUGUGGAAGACAAAGCAUUGUCUCAUCUGAAAAUUAUGUGGUUGAAAGAUUGCAAAUUGGUGAACAAAUUACCAUUAGGAAUUGAACUCUUAAGAAGCCUUGAAGUUCUUAAUUUGAUCAAUUUGGGUGUAGAAUUGAUAGAAACUAUAUACAAUGGAAGUCAACAUGAGAACUACUUGAAAGUAAAACACAUUUCAAAUGUGUUCAUUGGCAAGUGGAAUAUUGAAACAGGAUUUCAAGGUCAAAGGCUUUAA